CUCAGCUUGUCGCUGGUUCAGCGGCUGACAGCUGAACGGGUUGUGGUAGAACAGCAGCAGCCGCAGCGGCGCAACCAGAAAUCUGAACAACAUUCACCUCGAAGUCCCUUUUUAAAGACCGGUGCCAUUUCAUCGUGUGACGUUUUCUCAUUCAACCACUGGACGGUUUUUUAAUUCGUUCGCUGGCGUUGACCGUAAAUCACCGAUUUAUUCUCGUUUCAGUUCCCUUUUUUAACCGAGAGAGAAAAGCUCUGUGCCCGGUUGUGCCAGCAGUGUUGGUUUUUUUUCUCUCGCAUGGCGUAGGCACCUUUUCUGAAUCGGGGUAUACAUCCUUGUUGUGUUGGUGGAGGUCGGAGGAGGCCCCCCCGGUGCCGCUGCAUAUCCACUGUUUUAUUUGCACACUUGAACAGUUUUGGAGGAAAACGAUGUACGACAUGAUUGUGCAAUAGAAGAGGAGGAAGAAGACGCGCUGCAUGUACUGACUGACUACCUUUGUGGAGAGAGAACGAGACGCGUCAGGAAUACAUUUCCUUAUUACGUUCUCUGAACAACACCUCCCGUGUGUUUCCCCUGGUGAGACCUUUCGUACCCUAGAGGAAAAGAAGGAAUAUCCGUGUUUUCCUCCUGUAUAUGUGCGCGUGUGUGUGUGCUUGAACCCUCCGAGGACCUGCUAAACCUUCACGAUGACGGGCAGCACCCCAGCAGACAUGAUUAACUUGCGGCUCAUUUUAGUCAGCGGAAAGACGAAAGAAUUCCUCUUCUCCCCCAAUGACUCGGCUGCAGACAUCGCCAAACACGUCUAUGAUAACUGGCCCAUGGACUGGGAGGAAGAACAGGUCAGCAGUCCUAACAUCCUGAGGCUGAUCUACCAGGGGCGUUUUCUUCACGGCAACGUAACACUAGGAGCCCUCAAACUGCCCUUGGGGAAGACCACAGUGAUGCAUUUAGUUGCCAGAGAGACUCUGCCUGAGCCAAAUUCCCAAGGUCAAAGGAACAGAGAGAAGACCGGAGAGAGUAACUGCUGCGUCAUUCUGUAAAUACACACCUACGCUGCCGGCCCUCUAACCUGUGUCGUCUGGUUCCUGCCCUCACUUUUUGGACCCCCAUGAGCUUGUCCUGUCUCCUCUCCAGGGGACAGUCCAACAGAGCAAAGAUUUGUGUACAGAAAAUCAUCCCAUCACAUUUUUGUUAGUCGUAUAAAAAAAAA